AAAACGGAUCACAAGGCGGUUUUACUUUCUUCCCCAAAUCGAUCUGUGAUGGCCGACGAAGAUUUUCGGUCUCGCGUCGAGAGGAUCUUCGGAUCUCUCGCCUUCUCUCGCUCCACGUCUCCUACUACUACCUCCACGUCUUCUGCGCGGCAAACGCAAUCGGGCUCGGUGUGGUCUCUCUCCGGCGCAGAAGUGGAGAAGCGGGAGUGGAAGCGAGAGCAGCUCGCGUCGUACGAUAGGGAAGAGAUGCCUUGUGCAUCAUCGUUCGACGAGGUUCUGAGGCAGCAGAGGCUCUCGAGCACUGAUCGGAAGGAGGGUGAGGAAGGCGGUAACGAGGAUUUUGAUGUUGAUGAUGAUGAUUGGAGCAUCAGAGCUUCCAUGGGCCUUGACCGUACUCUCGAUGACGAGGACGAAGAAGAUGAGUAUGAUAAGGUCGCACUAGGGAAAGAGGAUGGUGGUAAAGGCUUGUCUAUGGAAGAUGCCAUUUCCAGACCUUGUGGUGUGCGGAUUCGGGACCCUCGUGCUAACCAUGCUGCUGCAAAAAUGAGGUUGAAGGAAGAUGAACUCGAGGCUAACAAGAUUAGCCCUUCUGGCGUUAUCCCCUCGAAGAGUAAAGAGCCAACACUGCACCCAGAAGAAUCUUCUAAAUCUGUGCCACCGAAACCUAUACUCAAAAGGAAAGAGAGUUGUUCAGAUUCAGAAGCAAGGACAAGUAAGCGGGUCAGGUUUGAUGUUGUCACUGAAGAAACAUCAAAGAAGCCUGAAGAUAAUUAUUCAGUUUCUGCCUCCUUAAAAAGCGCAUUGCCUCGGGGUAAAAGUGGUGCUCAGGUACCGGAUUACUUGGUAAAUCCUUCGAAGUACACCUGUUACAGCUUUGACCCAUCUUCGGAAUUGAAUGAGAAGUCCCAAACACAAGAGUUCACGGACAUUCCCAAGGAUUCCAAAGGAUUAGAAACUUCAGAGUCAGAAUCAUUCAAGAAAGUCUCCUUUGUUCCGCAGAAGAAGACCGAGGACGUCAGAGAAGACGGUAGCAACUGUAGUGAGACAAAGCCUGUUGAAACUGAUGGCUAGAUUAUUCGGUUUGGUUUGGGGUCCAUGAGUUGCAAAACAUUUAGCGUCUUCUAGCAGUCUUAUGUAAGAUAACAUAGUAAGAAAAAGAAACUCAAAGCAGUUUUGAGACUGGCUAUGAUUCCUUGCUUUCUAAAAAGUCAUUUUAUUAUAA